AGCCUACAACCACGCCACAUGCAUAGUAAGGCAGACAGGUAAGUUACGGGUGCUCGCACCUAAAGCGGGGUACCUAGGUAAUCACGGUCAGCCAUAUACUGUCUGGCAUUCUCUACUCAUAGAAUCGGAUGCGUGCUAUCAAUGAACGAUAACUUGUACUUGCACCGCUCUAAUGGCAACAGAAAAGGGACCAGAUGUCCCAUGGCCGGACCGCGAGGUCGCUACUUGGAAGUCGGGCCGAGAAUUUAGCAUCGGCGGGAGUCGUUUCGUCACCAGGCCCACCAAUCACUCGGCCAGAUGGUUCACAAAAGCACUGAUUACUGUUAUCAAGAUCUCCUCCGGCGACGUCAUUGAUGCAGAGUAUCUCGGGUCGCGCAUACGGCAAUACACUGAUGAUUGCGAUGUUUUCAGACUGGAGUUUUUGCAUUGCAUACAGUUUUCGGGUGCAUGCAGAGAAGAAAUCGAGUUGAAACAAGAUGCAGAGGUACAACUUCAGAAGUGGGGGAAUUCAUGGGUGAAGUUCACGCCUAGGAAUAAGACAAAUGAUGGACCUCCGCCAGGACCGUAUGUCGCCUUGCAUGAGCAUAUGCAGCAAGUUUGGCGAGUGUACGACGACGACGCGAAAGCUUUUCUAGUCUCCACUUGGCCUACUGAGAAAGAUGCAGAACGAUACGAGAGCAGUGGUCUCGCAGGAGAAGCUUUCACUUCACUAGGAGUAGCCGUCCCUUCGCGACUCUACUUCACCGAAUCGGAAGAGCGGCCACUCGAUGGCGUUCGAAUAGCCAUCAAAGAUAUGUACCAUCUCGAUGGGAUUCGGACGUCAGUCUGUAACCGAGCAUACCAUGACCUAUACCCGCCGCAGACCGAGACUGCUGCGUGUGUGCGUAUUUUGAUAUCAUUGGGAGCAAUAAUAGUCGGAAAGACUCACCUGAGCUCUUUUGCGUGGAGAGAAGAGCCUACGGAGUGUGUUGAGUAUCCAGCGCCUUUCAACCCACGGGGUGACGGGUACCAAUCCCCGGCAGGAAGCAGUAGCGGUAGUGGAGCAGCCAUUGCAUCUUAUGAGUGGCUUGACUUUACACUGGGCAGUGACACGACUGGAAGUGGAAGACGACCCGCUCUUUGGAAUGGAUGUUUCGCUCUGAGACCUUCUGAUACCGCGUUGUCUUCCAAAGGUAUGGUCUUGACAUGUCCUCAAUUCGAUUCACCUUCACUCUUUGGUCGUGACAUCCAUACCUUCAACAAAUUCGUUCGAACUUGGUACGGAGACUGCGUCGACAGCCAGGAUAGGUCUGACCGACCUUGGAGAAUCGUCUAUCCAGUAGACUAUCUGCCAGUAGGGAAUAAUGAACAAGCGCGUGUCUUCGACGAAUUUGUCAGUGACCUGGCGGCGUAUCUCAAAGUUGAACCUGAGAUACUCUCUAUUGCAGAGACAUGGAGGAAAACUCCACCUGUCGAAGAGAGUGACAUCCUGAAAUUCAUGGAGAAUACGCAGGUACACGGAUUCUUCUACGAGCUCUAUCACCACUUCGAUGAGUUUCGAGAAGACUAUAGGAGCAAGUAUAGCCGAGAGCCAUUUCUUUCCAUGCCUCUGAAAUGGGUGUGGAAUUUGGGACGUCUAAUCGACGAGUCGCAGAAGAAUCGCGCAUUCGAGCGUUACAGCGUGUACAAAGAUUGGUUUCUUAAACAUAUUCUUCGAUCAAAGGAGACGCGGACCAUAGUGGUAUUGCCCAUUGAGGAGCUCGAACCGCGCUACAGGGAUGUACCACCCGUGCAGCCUAUUGAAGCUCCGAAAGGAAUCAAUGUCUUGUAUUUGAGUCCCAUAUUAGGUGCGCCAGAGAUUGUAGUACCAGCCGGCCAAAUAUCAUUCCGAUCGCGUAUCACCGAACAUGAAGAAUAUCUGCCCGUGGCGGUAUCUUUGCUCGGCGCUCCGGAAACAGACUUGGACUUGACCGAGAUGACUGAGGAUUUCCUCAAGCAUGCGGGUAGAUCUACAAGAGUCUUGACCGGAAAGACCAUGUUUGGUGAUGACACCAAAUGACUGCGUCCGGAAUAUGAUAUGCAGAAGCAGGGUUCAUCACAUUGGCCUGAACAAUGGUUUUGUGUCGUACUAAAUGAAACAAAUGGGUCAUCAUCGGUGAUUGUAAAAGUGCCUCGCCAAGUAGAUCUUCGUCGGAGUUCUGAUCGGCGCUU